AUGUCAAUGGAAAGGACACAGUUGUGGUACUCUGCCAAGAGAGUGCUUGUUUGCUUGGCAGAAUACAGUUACCUGGGCCGUCAUGAACAACUUGCCGAUGCCGAGGAAGGCGCCAGAACUUAUCAUGCUGAGCUGGAACCGAAUAAUAUGCUUGCAGUGUGGCCCAACGUCCCACCUCAAGCAGCAACAUUUAAGAAGCUUAGGAGAAAUUUACAGAGUCAAGUUUUCCACAUGAAGGAGCCAGAUGUGAUCAACGAGGUCCGCUCAUUCCUUGAAGCAGCCGGGAACUCGUUGGAAGCGGCCCAGGGACCGGGAGCAAGCCAGGAUGACUUCCGAAACUAUGUGGUCAACUUGGCGCUCGAACACAAGAUACCCUUUGAGACAAUGCAUGGUGGGCCCAAGGUCUGCACGCUUGAGACUGGGGUGCCGGAGUCUGUUCCGUGGAGCUACCACGGACCUAUUUGGCCAGAUGAGGAUCUACAUUUCCAACCGGAGGGAUGGGCAAAAUACUUGCGUGUUGAGGCGCUUGAAUCGUCCGAUGACACGACUGAUGGGUCGUCUGAUGCACCCUUGCCUGUCUGCACCACUGCUGAAUCGUCCGUUGGUCUCACGGUUGGAUCGUCUGUUGCUCCGACUGGUCCACAGCCUGCGUACUCGGAAAGCUGUCCAUGA